CCGUGUUAGCGGCCUCACGCGCAGCGUUUCCGUGUUCUCGUGUCUUAGUAAGCCAGCCAAUCACGUUCAACGUUUCUGUUUCCCGUUUUGUCGGAAGGUUGGCUAACCGCGCGGGGGCGCGCGCGCCUGAUAUUUGGCCUGUUCUGUUUUGGGACGUAGGCGGUGCGUCAGUGGAACGAGCUUGAGGGACUGAGUCUGCGUCACGGGUCGGACAAUAUGGAGACCACGGAGGAAGAAGAUAUAUGCAGAGUGUGCCGGUCAGAAGGGACCCCCGAGAAACCACUUUAUCAUCCGUGCGUUUGCACUGGCAGUAUUAAAUUUAUUCAUCAGGAGUGCUUAGUUCAGUGGCUUAAACAUAGCAGAAAAGAAUACUGUGAAUUAUGCAAACACAGAUUUGCUUUUACUCCAAUUUAUUCCCCAGAUAUGCCAUCGCGGCUUCCAAUCCAGGACAUCUGUGCUGGAUUGAUCACAAGUAUUGGCACGGCAAUCAGAUACUGGUUUCAUUACACACUUGUGGCCUUUGCGUGGUUGGGAGUUGUGCCCCUUACGGCAUGUCGUAUCUAUAAGUGCUUGUUUACUGGCUCUGUGAGCUCUCUUCUGACGUUGCCCUUAGAUAUGCUGUCUACGGAUAAUUUAUUGGCUGACUGCUUGCAAGGCUGUUUUGUUGUCACGUGCACUCUCUGUGCAUUUAUAAGUCUCGUGUGGUUAAGAGAACAAAUAGUUCAUGGAGGAGCACCCCAGUGGCUGGAGCAAAAUCAAGCACAACCUCUUAAUGGUGUAGGACAGCAGAAUGAGGUACCAGGACCUGGAAAUGUUGCUGCUGAAAAUGUGGCUCUUGAGCAACCUGCCAACCCCCCAGGAGACAAUGCUGUUGUGGGAGAAAACCCUGAAAUUCAAGAGGAGCAAGCUGAAGAAGAAGAGGAGGAAAAUGAUGAUGAAGAUGAUGCAGUUAUGGAAGAUGUUGCUGAUGCAAACAAUGGAGCUCAAGAUGAUAUGAAUUGGAAUGCAUUAGAAUGGGAUCGAGCUGCAGAGGAACUCACCUGGGAACGGAUGCUGGGACUCGAUGGAUCUUUGGUUUUUCUGGAGCAUGUUUUCUGGGUGGUAUCACUAAAUACGCUGUUCAUUCUUGUUUUUGCGUUUUGUCCAUACCACAUCGGCCACUUCUCUGUUGUUGGUCUGGGAUUUGAAGAUUAUGUACGAGCAUCUCAUUUUGAAGGUCUUAUAACAACAAUAGUUGGUUACGUUCUACUAGCAGUCACUUUAAUUGUAUGCCAUGGUCUGGCAGCAUUCGUUAAAUUUCAGCGUUCCAGGCGUUUAUUGGGCAUCUGCUACAUUGUUGUUAAGGUAUCUUUAUUAGUGGUUGUAGAAAUUGGUGUAUUUCCUCUGAUUUGUGGAUGGUGGCUGGAUAUUUGUUCAUUGGAAAUGUUUGACGCCACAUUGAAAGACAGGGAACUAAGCUUUCAGUCUGCGCCUGGCACCACUAUGUUUCUGCAUUGGCUUGUGGGAAUGGUUUAUGUAUUUUACUUCGCAUCUUUCAUACUGCUAUUAAGAGAGGUCCUGAGACCUGGGGUUCUGUGGUUUCUGAGGAAUUUGAACGAUCCAGAUUUUAAUCCCGUUCAGGAAAUGAUUCACCUGCCAAUUUAUCGACAUCUCAGGAGAUUUAUUUUAUCAGUGAUUGUCUUUGGUUCAAUUGUACUGCUGAUGCUUUGGCUUCCAAUUCGUAUUAUUAAGAAUAUGCUGCCAGCUUUUUUACCAUACAAUGUCAUGCUAUACAGUGAUGCCCCAGUGAGCGAACUGUCUUUGGAGCUCCUGUUGCUGCAGGUAGUACUUCCUGCCUUACUGGAACAAGGCCACACAAGACAGUGGCUGAAGGGUCUUGUCCGUGCAUGGACUGUGACAGCAGGUUACAUACUGGAUUUACAUUCGUACCUUCUUGGAGAUCAAGAAGAAAAUGAUAACAAUGCUAACCAACAAGCUGCCAACAACAACCCACAUGCUCGGAAUAACAAUGCUGCACCAGUUGUUGGGGAGGGCCUUCAUGCAGCCCACCAAGCCAUACUCCAACAAGGAGGGCCUGUAGGGUUUCAGCCAUACCGAAGGCCUGUCAAAUUUCCUCUCAGGAUUUUUUUCUUAAUAAUCCUUAUGUGUAUAACACUAUUGAUUGCGAGUCUUAUCUGCCUUACAUUACCAGUGUUUGCUGGUCGAUGGUUGAUGUCUUUUUGGACUGGCACAGCAAAAAUUCACGAACUGUACACAGCUGCCUGUGGUCUUUAUGUAUGUUGGCUCACCAUUCGGGCUGUAACUGUACUGGUGGCGUGGAUGCCACAGGGUCGUCAAGUUAUUUUAUUGAAAGUGAAAGAAUGGUCCCUCAUGAUAAUGAAGACAUUGAUUGUUGCUUUUCUUUUGGCUGGUGUUAUUCCACUUUUGCUUGGACUCUUGUUCGAACUGGUAAUCGUUGCUCCUCUUCGGGUCCCUCUGGACCAAACACCAUUGUUUUAUCCGUGGCAGGAUUGGGCUCUUGGAGUUCUACAUGCCAAAAUAAUUGCUGCUAUAACACUGAUGGGUCCUCAGUGGUGGCUGAAAACAGUGAUUGAACAGGUAUAUGCAAAUGGGAUACGCAAUAUUGACCUUCACUUUAUAAUUCGAAAAUUGGCGGCUCCAGUCAUCUCUGUUCUGUUACUGUCACUGUGUAUACCAUACAUAAUAGCAGCUGGCAUUGUACCAUUAAUUGGAGUCACACCCGAAAUGCAGAAUCUUGUGCAGCGCCGCAUUUAUCCAUUUUUGUUAAUGGUGGUAAUUUUGAUGGGUAUCCUCUCCUUUCAGAUACGCCAAUUUAAGCGCCUGUAUGAACACAUCAAGAACGACAAGUACCUUGUCGGACAACGACUCGUAAAUUAUGAACGCAAAUCCGGCAAAUCGAACACGUCGUCACAUCCUUCUCAAACAAUGGAAUAGACUUGAUGUUUCAUGAAUUAACUCCUAAUCACCAUCUUGUCCCUUUUUCAUAGACAGCUAGUUCUCUUUUCCUCUGUCUGGGCAAUUCACAGACAAUGUCUGUUAUCUCACUAUAACUUCAGAGAUUGGUCAGCUCAGAUACUUAAAUGAUUUGCUAUUGGUGGCACAGUCUCGUCUAUGUAUUCAUGAACAUGUGGGGACCUGGUGCCGGACAAUGACAAAAAAACACCUAAUGCAGAGUCAUGGAAAAUCUUAAUUGUAAAUCUUAAAACAAACAAAUGUAUAUUAAUUUAUUAAAUCUGGUUGUUACUUUAUUUUUAUUUUUGUCAGAUGUUUUCUGUUCACAAGGAAAGUUAAUAGUGCCGUGAAAGAAUUACUGCAUACAAAUAUCCGGUGAUCCAAAUUUCACCAGAGUUGGCUCCCUGGUUCAAAGUUCAUUUUUUUGUGAAAUGUCUUCUCUCAAUGCUGUAGCUGAUGUGAGGACAAUAACACUUGCACAACCAGCAUAUCUAACAACCUAAUGAGAAAAUGUGAACAUUUUGUACAGUACUUUUUUGUAUGACGCCAAAGUUUCUUUUUCAUUUUUAUUUUCUUUUAUUGUGGAACAAUUAUCCAGUUCAGAGAGCUACAGUAGGAAUAUGUUGGAAGCAGUCAAAUAUUUCUGUGACCUUGGCAAAGUGUCAUGAAUUAGCUAUAUGGAAUGUCUCUCACCAUCUAUGCAGCUGUUCAUAAAAGGUUACAUAGAU